CUGUUGAAUUUUCCUGAGCAGCCAUUUGCUAUGUGUUUUGUUGUCACGGAAACACUUCGAAAUACGUUUAUAGAAGUUAAUUUUAACAUUUGAGGUUUUAGUAUUUAUUUUUUUUAAAGUUAGAUCCUUGGUGCAGGUCAGUAUGUUGUUGGAGGACGUGAAGAAGAUGAAGGUGUCGGAGCUGCGGGCCGAGCUGCGAGAGCGGGGACUCGACCCCAAAGGGCUGAAGGCUGAGCUGGUGGCUCGGCUCCUGUCAGCCAUCCGCACUCCAGAACCUGACACACGUGCGGGGUUAGAACCUGUAGACCCGGAAGUUGUCCAGACUGCAGAGGAAAGCCCUGAACUGACCACACCGACAGCUGUGGCAGCUUCAGGAGACAAGCAGCAGACUGUGGAUCAGAACCAAUCACAUCUGGAGGAAGUCAGGAGCAGAACCCAGUCCUCUGUUGAUCAGAGCACACAGACAGACAGUGAGCCAGCAGUCAGCAUCCUCCAGGUUGUGUGCUCCUGUUCUCGCAGGACAGAAGGAGCAGGGCAGCUGGAAAGACAGUCUGUCCUCACCAGAAGUCCCAGAUCUGAUGUCCAUCAGGAGGAAGUCCAGACCACACCAUCACCACCACCACCACCACUGUCCACCAGUCAUCAGUUACCCCAUAUGGCACCUGUCACUGCGGAAACCGGAACGGAAAAGCAGGACGAGUCUCAGAAUGUAAGCAGAACUGAUGGAGAGAGGGGUCGGGAUUAUUACGAGUUUAAAGAGGAGAUUCAGUAUAUAAGAGCCAAAACACCAGAGCCCUGUCCUGCAAGUGAGGAUGAGAUGGAAAUCGAUGAUGACACGGUUCGGCUCGAUCCCUACAACAGUGACCUGCAUUUUAAAGUGGGUGCAGAUGGGAGCAGCGGUCAGCCUUUACUCUGGGAGAAGUUCCCUCUGCUGCAUUCAGGAUGUAGACUGACCCACGGCUUUACUCUCGGAAAAAUGGGAUUUGAAGUCAAGUAUGUGAAGAGAUUGUCAGCAGCUACGGUUACGAGUGACCCUGAACCUUCUGCUCUCAGAGUGGGCUGGUCUGUGGAUGGCUCCAGCCUUCAGCUAGGAGAGGAGGAGCUGUCAUUUGGAUUUGAUGGAGCAGGCAAAGCAGUGACGGGGGGAAAGAUGGAAGAAUUUGGCGAGCCAUUUGGCGAGGGUGAUGUCAUCGGCUGCUAUGCGUUCAUCAGCGACGGAGGAGAGACAGAACUGUCUUUUUCUAAAAACGGCCACUUUCUCGGCGUGGCGUUUCGACUCACUGGCUCUGCCCUGGCAGGUCGUGCACUCUACCCACACGUCCUGUGCAAAAACUGUUCCGUUUCCCUGAACCUGGACUCUCAGGGUGAGACCUGGUAUCCUGGUCCUCCGGGGUACUGCCCUUUACCAGUGCUUCCAUCUGCACAUCGGACUCAAGCUCCACUUCCUCCAGCACACAGGAAGGACUGCGAGGUGCUGAUGAUGGUUGGCAUGCCAGGUUCUGGAAAGAGCUACUGGGCUGAGAGCCACAUGGCCAAGAACCCAGAGAAGCGUUAUAAUGUACUAAGCACAAACGCCAUCCUUCACUGCAUGAAGCUGCCGAGCCCAGAACACAAGAAUCUGAUGCUGCAACAGGCCACGCAGUGUCUCACGCACCUCAUUAGAAUCGCAGCAACUAAGAAGAGAAACUUCAUCCUGGACCAGGCAAACAUUUACCCAUCUGCUCAGAGGCACAAGCUAUUGAGUUUUUCCGGUUAUCAGAGAAAGGCGGUGGUGCUCGUCCCCUCGGAUGAGGAGUGGAAGAGACGUCUGCAGCAGAAAGAGCAGAGCGAGGGAGCAGUGCUGCCUGAAAUGUCACUACUAAAAAGCAAAGCGAGUUUCACCCUGCCGGAGCAGGGCAGUCUCCUGGAGGACGUCCUGUUUGUCGAGCUGUGCAGCGAAGAAGCCCAGAAACUCCUCGCAAGCUAUAAAGACGAAGCCACGCGUCUCCUACCUGCACCUACACGCAAGAGACUCAAAAAACGUCCCCAUAAACGUCCCAUUGAAGCACCUGAACUGAGCCAAAGCUGCAGUCAGUAUGCACAGCAGUCACAGUGGGGAUGCUUUAAACAAAAUGGAUGGAACUUUCCUGCUUUUUCUCAGUCUUACGGUUAUAACAGCGAUCCACAGCAGUACAGAGAUUACUAUCAGCCCUGCACCGAACAGUGGAACCUGGGAAGCCAAAAUCAGAGCUAUUAUGGCAACCAGAGCUAUUAUUUUGGCAGCCAAGUUUUUUGGUAAAUCAUAACAGCAACUGAAUUAAAUCAUAGAGGUUUUUUUUCUCAUUCAGAUGGCAUUGGACUUUAUUUUGAACAACUGUUUUAGACUUUUUACUCCUCCGAGAAGUAAAGAAGCAUUCUGGGUCUAAUGCUGUCGUUCUGAACAGUCCAGCAAAAGUGGGGGGAAAACAAUCAUGAUGAUAAUUUGUUUUAUAUGUAUUUUGUACCAAAAAAAAAUAAAGUCCCAACUUCUGUAUCA